UUUCAUCGAUGUUAGCUUGAGUUAACAAGUCACUUUAUCUAAGUAUACAGUCAUACAUUCGAUAGAGCAAUCUUUUAUCAAGUACCGUCCGUUUAUUUUCAGAUGUCAAAUACAGCAUCGUGCACAAUCUAUGUGGCGGUAGAGAUCAAUGCAAGAGCCGAAGCCAGUGCCAACAUUGAUAGGGGUACUGUAGACGGCGGUCUUGCUGCGAGCAUUUUUGUGGGUGUUUUGAUUGUUGUUGUGGGCAUGAAAUUUAUCCGUAAAAGAUCGCAAUCAGGACGAGGCACAAUGACCGGAACUUCUGCUAGCGAGAACACAGCCUUUAUCCGAACGGCCCCAGCCAGCAAGGCGACGCUGAACACUAGCAGUAAUUCGUUGAGUAGCCAGGUGGAGGUAGAUGCAGUCCCGGAUGUUCGCAUGAAGGCACCAGAAUUGGUGACUGGAAGUCAGUUAGAAGCCCUCCUUCAAUUAGCACACCGGAGGGCCUAUCCCAGUCAUGUGCUCACCCUUGAUGAUCUCUUCACUAAGCAGUGUAUUACCUACAUUGCGACGAACAUCGGAGGGGAAGCGAAUCGACGCGACCUGUUCCGUGAGCUGAACAUCAUACCGGCGGUUUACGAGCCGGAAGAGGAAAAGUGGCUGAGGGACAAACACAAUUAUCCUGAUUUUAAAUACACUGUUCUGAGAACAUGGCUAUUUCAGAAUACAGGGACAGAAGUAGCCGAUCUUGCUCAUCUGUGCCGCUGCCUAGAGCGGUCCAAUCUGACUGUAAUUUCUGAUGCAUUGACUUCUAUGCACUUUGCUUACGCUACACGAUCUCAAGCGGCCGGUAGUGCUAGCUCAGAACGAGGUCAAAUGGACACGGCGUCGAAAGCUUCUCAGUUAGACCCAUCCGUGUGAGGCUUUUUUCGGCAUAGCUGUUUAACCCAGCUUUUCACAUUAAAUGACCUUUACAUAACGCCAGCAGACCCGAAUGAAUACACUGCAUUCAAUUCAUGGGCUGAUUUAAGCAUAAUCCCUACAAACAUUGGCAACAACUCCGCGUUUUGAUAGUAUAGGAUGUAACACUAAUCAAUGUAGGGAAAUGCGGACUUCUAAUUGUGUGUUCGUUUUGGCCCAGUUACAAUUACGCAUAACCGGUAAAUUCAAUCCCCAAGACUUUCAGGGUCAGUGCUGGGUAUUAAAAUCGUCAGGGGAAGACGAAAUGUACUAUUUAUCGACGCCUUAUGUUGAUCACACAGUAUUGCUUUCAAGAUAUCAAAUAACAAGAACUUUAGGGAAAGAAAUCAAUGAAAACAUUUCGGUAAAUGCCACUUGUCUUGCAUUGUGACACACACAACUACCGAAAUAGUAUAGGGUCCAUGAUAUAAGGGAAAUCGUUUAAUUAUAUAGUCACACAUGAGUGACGUACGCGGUCAGUGUGUCUGAAAAUCUUCCCUGUAAGCCAGCAUUGGCUAACGACUUUUUUCCACUUUGAUAGAAAAGAUUUUUAAAGACCCGCGUAAUGCGGAAACGUGACUUAUGCAAUAUGCUGCAGUCCGCACAGGCUAAUCAGGGACGACACUCUCCGCCUAAAUUGGAUUUUUGCUAAGAAGAGACUUCAUUUAAACGA